UUUAAAGGUUUUUAUACUAAACAACUUAUUGCUGAUAAAAUUUAUAAUUUAUUUGAAAAAUUUCAAAUUGAAACUAAAGUUAUUGCAUUAACAACUAAUAAUGCUGCUAAUAUGAUUUUUGCUACAAAUUUUUUACAAGAAAAAUUAAUUUUUAAUAAUUUUUGUCAUUAUAGAUAUAUAGCUCAUAUACUUAAUUAG